CCAGCGUUGCUGCUGCGGGCGUUUCCCGAUCCGCAUCUUCUGCAGAACAGCCUGAUGCCGAUCGAAGAACAAACGGAAUACGCACGAAGGCUUGUUUCGGGGGGCCACUUGGGGGGUGGGACUGGAAAGAUCUUGGGCAAGAAAUCUUCUGAGGAGAAUGCUGAGAUGAAAAGCGCGAGGACGUUUGCGGAGAAACUGUCGGACGAGCACGAUUUGAUCGGUUUGUUGGAGAAGAUACUCGCCUCAACCGAGCCGCCGGGCGACCUGUCGCGAGUCGUGGACUGGAAGUUUUUGGCCGGGGAAAGCGUGUACGCGGACUACGUACGGGACACGCUGAACGUCACCGCCGAGCUUGUCCGCGCAUUCUACGGGGAGGACCUGGACAGCGCGAAUUAUAACGAAGGAGAAGGCGAGGGCCCUGUUCCAGCCGCCCCUUCCACGCUAACCAAGGAGGAUCUGCGGCAGCUGGGAAGCCUGAGCACGGCACUGUUUUUGGCCAAUCUAGUGGUGCCAGCCAGUCGUUUUAUUGCGCUCGCGCAGACCAGAAACAUGUUUGUUGAAAGCGGCCUUUCACUGUCAGCCGCGGAGGGAGCAGAGAGCGAGACCAACCUCCAGUUGCUCCACAGCCUGGGGAUGCUCAUCACCUCGCUGAGAACCGAGAAGCUCGAUGUGAAGAAAGAUGCAGAGACUAAGAAACCUGAAAAGGCGGGGCUUCAGAACGUGGACGGGGAGGAAGCUCCUGCUCCCUGGGGAAACGAUCAUCCCUGGUGGGUUUUGCAGCUGUUUUCCAUGCGACCACGAGCUGCCGCACUCCAGGAGAAGCUCGGAAACCUAAAGCAGGGCGGCGGCGCUGCCAAUGCCACAGUAGGGGUAGUAAAUGCCACGGAAAUUCCUACACCGACUCUUCAGAGUGAGCUACGGCAGUCGGUCGAAGCAAUUUUGACGAUGGAGUUUUUUGCGAACGCACUCGCGUCGAGCGACGUGUCGGCAGUCGAGCUGGGUAAGAGACUGGCCAGCUCACGGGAAAGGGCCGCUGAGGUGGCUGUGAAGGAGGCCACUGAUCUGAAGAAUUCUACCUACUACGAUAUGCCUUUGGCGCCCAUGCUGCUGGAUGCGGAGCACAGUAAAGAAAGUCAAAAGGUUGGCCCAGCACCAAACUCGUUAUACAUGUACGAGAAAAAUAAGCAGGAACUUCUGAAUCCGGGCGGGCGCUUCGGUCCCGGGGGGGCCGAGGACUUUCAGGAUCAGGACCCGAAGAAGAGGGUGGCUAGAUUUUGGAAAUUCGGGGGCGCAGACCCCUCCGCUGGAGCACUAAAGGACCGAACAGAUGAUCCGGAACAAGCAAAAUCCCCCGUAGAGGAAAUAGCUAGAUUCUUGCCGCGCGACAGAUCGAAAGAUCGGCGGUUGGCGGAAAAGGGAAGCGGAAAGGGGCAGCAAGACCACAAAGGCAUAGAUAUGGAAAAGAGGCUGGAGAGGAGGGCCCGACGUGCCCCGCCAGGGAAGGAUUUUUUACAAUCUCGCGUUUCGUUUCUGCAGAAGUCGCAUCUGCGUCGACGCGCGAGUCCAGCAGCUACGCUUGACGGGAAGUCGAGGGACGCUGGUUUUUCAAAAAUCAAAGCUCCUCGACGUCCAACGACGCUGCUGCAACGCGGACUUCGCCGUGAGGGUGUAACUACUCUGGCCGCGUCUCCACUCAGACCGAAACCGCAGCACACCAUGUUGUCCGAAGACAUUCGUCCGGGAGGAGGAGAGUUGAAGACAGAAGGACGAGGCGUCGGUACAACGGGAGAAAGCUCGGCGUGCGCGGAUCCAAGUUCCGGCAUCAGACGAAGCGUGAACAACAAUGCCAGGGGCACGAACUCCUACGGCAGCCACGCUGGCGGUGAUUCCCUCAUGGAUAAGUCGUCGCGAUUUUUGUUUACCGCAGAGGGCGAUGAAGCAGGUACAGCCGCGAAGAUCCACUUCACAUCUACAUCUUUCGCCGAAGCAGAGGAAGAAGAUUCGCAAGAGCAAGAUGAUGUCGUGUAUAAAAAUGCACGUCCCCUUCGGAAAGAAGAGGACACGGCAACAUCAACCUUCCUGGCGACUUCAUCCAGCAGAGCGACCAAAAAUGAUCCCCAUGUUGACGCAGAAAGCCAGAGAGUACAGCUGCCCGACGGGACUGUGGAGCCAGGGAAGAAUGAAGGGAAAAGUAUCGCACCAGCGCCAACUUCCACACUGCCCCCGGAGCCAGCCGCACCACAACCGCCUGCUCCGCAGGAGGCCUUGGCACUCGUGUCCCGUCAGACGGAGCGGAACCUUUUGGAUUCCAUGCGCGCCGAAAUUUUGUCAACAUUUGACACGGACGGGGCGCUACUGAACGCCCUGGACGCGGAGCUGACGGACGCCCCGUCCGAUCUCGAUGUGAAGACCACGGGCGGGUGGCCCGACGCCAUGGGAAGCAUGCGGCUGUUGCUCGGAUAUCAAAGUGAAAAAAGCCCCCACCCCAUAUCGGAAACGGAAGAUGCGCGAAUUUGUGAUGCUGUAUUUGAGUACACAAAUCAACUUGUAUUGCUAGAAGGCCGAGAGACGAAGCUGCGGCCUAAAUUGCAGGUAAUCUGUCAUGCUGUUUCCCACUUCCAGUUGCCUCUUGUCAUCCUGGAGCUGCAAGGCUUUCCCACGCUAGACAGCGCUACAGUCUGCAUCUUUUGCCUUCUAGCAUCACAAAGCUGAUUUGUGACCACAAAUCUGCAUCACAGAUUUCCGUUUUGAUAUGGGGAGAGGGCAUUUUUCAUGGUAAUAUCGGAUUCAUCCUGUUCAUCCUCGAAGCCGUGGUGGCCUGGUUCACGUUUCUACUACCGUUGUCUUUCCUCUACCGCUUGUACGGACUGGCGAUUUUUGCGGAGAAGGAAAGCGAGCUGAUGGACAUGCAGCUGAUUUACGGCAUGCGGAAGCGCACGUACUGGGUGGCAAACAUCCUCUUCUUUUUCGUUGUCCUCGGCACCCCGUUCAUGAUCACGCACUGGGUGAACCUGGCUCUGGUCGCACAGAUUAUCCCCCUCGACCGCCUGUGGCCGUCGAACUUCCUGUUUUACGUCUUCGCGCCCAUGUGCCCACCGCUGGCGGUGUUGCUGGCGGUGUCCGCCUUGGCCAUGCGUGUGCGAAAUUCCGAGAAGUUCGAGAGCGCGGUGACCACGAUCAGUUCGCUCGGGAAUUUGCUGGUCUUGGGCGUCUACAUUCUCUGGGAGGUCCUCCUGCCGACGCGCAUUUCCUUCUGGGCGACUGCGAUCCGGGGCGCGCUGACCACCCACGGGCUCGCGGCCACGGAGGAGGUCCCCUUGGCAUCCAUGUGUCCCGACGUCAGCGCGGGCGCGUGGAACGUGGUGCUGUCGACGAUCUUCGGCGUUGCCGUUCCCGGCUACGCCUACAUGCGGCUGAACAUGCGGGGCUGGCAAAUGAAGGGCGUGCUGCAGCUGAUGCGGCAUCGGGGCAGCGAGAUGGGUUGGUACUCGCUGGAACCCUUGGCGCCGGCCUGGAACCAGGGCCUCCGCGGCCACAGUUUGUACUACUGCGCGCGCGACAACUUUCCCUCCCCGCCACCGGACACCGUCCGCAGCCAGCCCGCGCUGGAUCUGACCGGGCUGUCCCGUCUCGCGUGGUCCUACGAGGACGGCGACAAGAUCGAGCAGUACGCCAACCAGGCGGGCGCCGCGGAGCUGAGCCGCACGCUUCCGUUUGCGGACUACGAUCUGAUCAUCCUGCUGGACCUGCUCGCGGUCUUUCUCAACGUGGGCUUCUGGAUUCUGGUGGUGUACCGGAUCGAAAGGUACCAGAAGCAGGCCACUUCCGGGGACGUGCUUACGGUCGAGGAGACCUUUCGCGAAGCGGGACUCGCGACGGACGCGCCGCCCAAGGUAAAAAUGGUGCUUGCGAGUUCCGAUUCUUCGGACUCGGAUUGGGAUUCAGUGCGAGCAAAGUAUCGCCAGUCGGUCGCCGGGCCGAGCGGAGCAGACAGAGCUUCUGCGAGAUUGUCGUUGUUGAAAAGGCAAAGCCUACAACAACGGGGAAGCAAAGAACCUGCUUUCGAGCCGCCUGAUCGUCCUGAAGAACAAGCCAAUUUGCAGCCCGCGGGGGCGAAGAAGGGGAAGCAUGUUGCGCCGUCCGUCCCGGCGCGCGGACACAAAGUGCCGAUCGUUCUGCAGGUGAAGAAGGUUACGAAGACGUUUUUGCAAGGCGAGAAGGUCGUGAACAACGACGUGAGUUUCGAGAUCAAGCGCGGCGAGAUUUUCGGGCUGCUGGGGCACAACGGGGCGGGAAAAACCACUUUGCUGAACAUGAUCAGUGGCAAGGUCCCGGUGACGUUCGGAAAGAUCGUGAUCAUGGGACGAACCAACAGCGCGGCAGAGAUCCGCAAGAACAAUUUGAUCACACUCUGUCCGCAGGGGAAUCCCUUGUGGGACAAUUUCACCGUGGACCAGCACGUGCGGUUCUUUGCCCGGUUGCGCAACGUGGACGACGUGGAGGCCUCGGUCCGCAAGUACGCGUCGCUUUUAGGGUUGAGCCAGCACUUUGACACGCACUGCAAGUACCUGUCCGGCGGGCAGAAGCGGCGGCUGUGGGUGCUGUGCUGUCUGCUCGGGUCCGCGCCGGUGGUGCUGAUGGACGAGCCCACGACGGGCAUGGAUCCGCAGGCGCGCCGAGAUUUUUGGAUUUUGCUCAAGAAGAUCGUGAAGGAGGAGAAGCGGUCCGUCAUCUUCACCACACACUACCUCGAGGAGGCGGACCUGCUUGCGGAGCGGAAGUGCAUCUUGGCGCACGGCAAGAUCCGUGCGAUUGGCACGUCGCAGCAGCUGAAGCGGCAACUCGGCAGCGGGUUCUGGAUUCACGCGAUGAUCGAAAAGCGGGAGGACGCGAACCCAGACCUGGUAAGGAACGCACUAAGAUCCCUCGCGCCCAUCAUCGAACGUGUUCUGUACCCGAAAGGCAUCACAUUUUCCUCUAGGCCAGUGACAUCAACUGCCGCCAGGAGUCCUCCUUCGAUGGGCACUGCAGCACUUCUGGACCGAGGCGCAGAUUCCAUGGACACGGACAGCGAGAGAAGCGAAAAGAAAAAACGGAAGAAAAACAAAGAGCCACUUCCGCUGGCUGAGUUGGACGACGGGUCGCGGACUAUGAUUGGCAAGAUCGUGACGAAAAAUCCUCGCAACAGCCGGCACUUCUUGGCCUUUCUCAUCCCUUGGGAAAAGAUCCCGCAAAUGGCGGCCGUGCUGGAGGCCCUGCAGAAGCGCCGGGGGGAGAUGCUCGAACGGGGAUGGACAGUGAUCCCCACCAGUUUGUUGUCCGGAUUGCACGGUGAACUCGCCGACCCCGUGAGGGUGGACUUCACCAUCGCACAGACCACGCUGGAGGAAGUGUUUCACACGGCGGGCGAGGUGGCAGACCGGGAGCUGUACGACUUCGCACAGCUAGCCGCGUUGCGGUCGGUCGGCGCGCGGGACCUGGCCCUGUCUCGUGCGCCGCUCAGGAGGCGGCAGCUCGGAUUCAAGUCGCAGUUCUUGGCCAUCGUGGAGUUUCGGCUUUUCGGUUCCGUUUUUAAUCGAACCACUCUGGGACACUGGGCAGUUGCCGCCUUUUUUCUGGCGGCGUACUUCGGCUACUGCCUUCUGAUGAAAUACCAGGUCGACUCCCAGCUCGCGGCCGCCGAGAACGAUGAAAGCACGACGACCUCCUCCUCCGCCGAAGACCAACUGAAUCUCCAUUGGGCCGCGGUGCUCAUGUGCUUGGGUCUCGCCUCGCUGGUGAUGCCCUUUGCCUUCUUUCUGUUCGGCGGAACCCUCGUCCGGAGAGACUACCUGCUGGAGAGCGACUGCGACCUGCAACUGUGGCGCCACUUGUCCAUGCACGGUGUCCGCCGCGUUGCCUACCACGCGGGCACUUUCGCGUCGUGGUUCAUUUUCUUUGCGACCCCGUUCUGGCUUGCGUUUGCGCUGAUCACGCUGCAUUCCAUGGGCGACGUGUUUUCGUGCUCGAGCGCGAUGCGGGGCGUCUUUGUCUGCAUGCAGCUCGUCUUCCCCGCCUUGAACUCCAUUAUUUGUCCCAUGUUCGUGUGCGGCAGCUCGUUCACGACGAGAAACCUGUGGACGGUGUUUUUCGUGUGCAGUUUUGCGGUCGCGUUUCUGCCGAUGAUUUUGGGGAAAAUCCUCAGCACCGGCUACUACGACGUGGAGCAGACCGCGCCCAGCUGCCUGAUCCUCGAGUUCGCGAUGGCCAGUGCCGGGGUGGAGAGUGUGGGGGAGAUCCUGCAAUUCGGGUUCCCCAACGGCUGGAUGAAGGUCUGGCUGCCGAUCUACAUCCUGUUCCCACCGAUCGCCCAGGCGGCGAGCCUCCAGGGGCUCUACAAAAUGUGGGCAUUGUGGAAGUUGGACGUGCAUUUUGUCGGCCACAUCAACACUGGGGCCUUGCUCAGGUCACGGCUGGUUCAAAGAACCAACUCUGGAAGUUUCAACAAACUCGCACCUCCGUCGGAGGCUCGGCGUCAUUUCGACAGUGCGGUCGCAGAAGAGAACGGGCGGACGGUGGUAAAGAGCAAGUACUACGGUGCCAACUUCUUUCUGUUUGGGCACGUCCCGGAAGACAUGCCUGAUGGCGACGACCUGCAGCGGAGCCUGGCGAAGCUUGAGCCGAAUCAUUGUCAGGCCGAGUACUGGGAGACGGUUGCGUGGUAUGAGGUGCUGGCUCCGCUCUACAGCUUUUUGUUCUACCUUUCCGUUUGGCUUCUCUGGGAGGGGCUGAUCCAGCCUUACCUCGCGGGACGCGGAGAAGUGCGGCACGAGAGCAAGGCAAAGUUGGAAGGCGCCCUCCGCGACGAAGGGGCGGAGCCGGCUCUACAGGAGCACAACCUGCCCUCCAAACCGCCCUCGCUGAACCCGAUGCUGUCGCGCUGGUCGCAAAACUCCACGAACAGCGCGGGCUCGCAGGGCUCUCUAGGCGGUGUAGCCGCCGGAGGACCGGGCACGGUUAACCUACCCAGCCCGGAGGCGAUUGCCGCUAUGACCGUCGUUCCACCGAUCGCUGCGGACGAAGAAAGGGACGAGGACAUCGUCGCCGAGGAAAAGCGGCUGAAAAACCGGGAGCACGAGCCCGCUGUGCUCGCGAUAGACGUCUGGAAGCACUUCAAAGUGUUGUCAACAGCAGCGAGUACCCAGGCGCGGCUCGUUCGCGACGGUCUGAAGAAGCAAUUCUCGUCCGCCGAGGGAGGAGGUUCUUUAGCAAAGCCGGCUACAAGAACUCCUGCCGACGCAGACGCCGGCAGGCACGUUCCUCCUGGUGAAAUAAUUACAGCUGAAGAGAAGGGAACCAAGAAUCUUCCUCCCUCGCCGUCCAAAGAAGAUCAUAGUGCACCGCCUCCAGCACUCGACAUCAGUCCGACACAGGAGGAAACCACCAGCCUCCGGUGGGCUACCCGGGGCGUCACUCUGGGGGUGGAGAAGACGGAGUGCUUUGCACUGCUGGGCCCGAACGGCGCAGGGAAGACAACUUUGUUCAACCUUUUGUCGGGCUACGAAACCUUGGACAUCGGAGAGGUUUCUCUUUUUGGCAAAAUCAUGUCUAGCUUUGGCACGACGGAUCAGGAGAAUGCGCGGUCGAUCAUGUCGUCCCCCAAGCGAAGCAAAAGGCGGACCAGCUAUGAGCUGGAUAUGUUAACGACGGGGUUUCAGCGGCGGGAGGACGUGAUCGGGGUGGUCCCGCAGUUUGACAAGUUGUGGCCUCACCUUACCGGCCGGCAGCAUGUGCGUCUGUACGCGAAGUGUUCCGGCACGUACUACCCGUUACCGCCAGGACCGGGUCAGAGGCUGUCUCCGGACGAGCUGCUCGGCAUUCCGCGCGAUGACGGCGAGGAGCGGGUCUCGCGGUUUCUGCGCGAGGUGCAACUUUCCGACAAGGACGCCGACCGGGCGGUGGAAACCUACUCGGGCGGCAUGAAGAGACGUCUCUCCCUCGCCGUCAGUCUGGUCACCGAUCCCGCACUGGUGUUCCUCGACGAGAUGUCUGCGGGCGUGGACGUGGUGGCUCAGAAGGCGUUGUGGAACAAGCUGAUCAACCGGCCCCGUGGGCAGACGGUGGUCACCACCACGCACUCCAUGGCCGAGGCCGACGCGGUCUCGGACCGCAUUGGCAUUUUGGUGUCGGGGCAGCUCAAGUGUCUGGGGCCCAGCUACAAAAUCAAAAGCAAGUACGGGAACGGAUUUCAUUUGGAAUUGAUUCUGAACCUGAGCAAGCACCGGUUGCUAAGGAUGCAGCAAGAGUUGGCGAUGGAAGCGGGCGGCGGAUCGCGCAUAAGCGGUAUUGGAGAAUCAGUUCUCCCGGCAGCAGGAAACAAGGCACAAAAGAACUCACCGAGGAGCGACGCUGUGGUCGAAGUUGUAAAAAGCAACGGCGUGUCGGAGUUGUCGAGACCUGCAGUGGGUGGAUCAGAGGAAAGAGUACCGGCUUCGCAGGAGAACGCAACAAACGUCGCAGCGCGGGUGGUGGUUCCCGAAGGAGAGACAGAUGCACUAGAACCGGAACAAGGAACUGAACAACAUCACAACCCGCUGGGAAGUCGUGAUAUGAUUGAAGAGCAGGCUCUACCUCACGCGGCGGAAGAAGAAAGGCCACCAUCAACCACGCACAGUGUUUCUCCUGUUGAUGUUCCGCCGAACGGUCUCUCAGGUACGACGAGCCACAUCGCGGUCCACGCAAAUAAACCAGGCGCGGUUGGUAGCCCGGGAACUUCUACACGUGCCGGUUACCAUCAUAGUGGUAGCAACGUCACAAAGAUGUCAACGGAGAUGAUUGAGCAGCUGACUUCCAAUGUUGAGGAGGUGGAAACGUUUGUGAUCGAUUCUUUGCUGUCGUGGAAAAGUAGACGAGAUGGGGGAGGAGAAAUCGAACGCGGCAAGACUGUCGAGCAGACGAAGAAACAAGUACAACAUCGCAGGAGCAGAAGUACAACAUCGAGCGGAAGUUCAACAUCGCAGGAACAGACGCCGGUAAGCGAGAUUGGAUUGAUUCGCGAGGACAUCCAGGUGCUGGAAAAAAUGCUGUUUUCGCAUCACCGAGUGCGACUGAUUCUCUCGCUUAACCCGCCGAGGAUCCAGAAAAGGUCUCUGAAGAAACAAACGAGCAAAACAACGUCUCCAAAAAACGCAUUGAGAGUGCCAGGAAAUAAACAAGCAAAACAGGGUCAACCAGUAGCGCCAUCAUUUACCCUGAAUUACAAGGCAAGGCUCAAAGGAAAUCAACAAGAAAGAGUUCCAGCUACUGCACCGGAAGGCGAAGCUGAUCCUCCAGAUGCGGAAAAUGCCGUCAGUAUCGACAUCGAUGGAGGUCGAGAUGAUGCGGAGGCGACUGGAGAUGACGGGACUAUCAAGGAUCUAACGGCACAAGAGUUCGAGAAAUACGGCUUAGCGGAGGCGUUGCUCCUUUCCGAGGAAGACAACGAGUUUAAAGAGGUCACCACUCAAGUGCAGGGUGCGAGAAGAGGAUCGCUGGCCGCGAAAUUUAUGCAGAAGGACAAGAAGAGGCUGUUGCGGCAAGUGAACCUGGCGGGAGUGUUUCGGUGGUGUGCGGAGGAUCCAUUGAAUAUUAUUGAAGACUACUCCUUCGGUGAACCAACGCUGGAGCAAGUCUUUCUCAAAUUCGCCAAACAGCAGGAAAAGGACGAUGCCAGCGGAAGGAGGGACCGCGCGGAGGCGAAAUUCCGUGGAAGCACUGAUUCGUUGUAGCUUAGUUUUAAGGUUGUGAAUUUACUACGGCUCCUUUAUCGCUGUUUGUAGCUUUCACAGAACGCAAGAAAAUCGCGUCGAACAAUCUGUCAGUGGAGAGAAAAGGAACGGCACUUUACCACUUUCAUUGUAACGCACAGUUUUUUUUAUUCGUUUACAUGAUCCUUUGAUUCGGAACAGAAACAAUAACAAAUUACUCAAUCUUGAUCUUUCCAACGAAGUC